GUGAAAUGGUCAAUUUGAAGGAAAUACGGGAUAAAACACAGGAAGUAGAAGGAACUGUGAAUAGAAUUAAUGAAAACACCAAUGAAAUAAAAGAAAAAAUAGACCUAGCACAUGAGAACAUGGAUAUUGCAAUAACAAAUCAAAAUGAUAUAUACAAGAUCUUGGGCACAUGUAAUGAAACAAUAAAAAAAAUAAAAGAAAAAACUGAAGAAACAAAAGACGAAAUCAAAAAGACAAUAAAGGAAAGUAAGAAAGAAGGUGACCAGGGAGAGCGCAUGGAUACGUAUGCCAACAUAACAAUUGGACGCAAACAUCAAAAAAUCGAAACCGUACACUCGUUAACAGUAUCCUCGGAGAACAAAAUGGAUACCAGCGAGGAAGUAUUGCAGAGGACAAGCAAAAUACUGGAAGCAGAAAAGGGAAAAGUGAGGAUAGAUAAAGUUAGGAAAAGCAAGGACCAGAAAAUAGUAAUAGCAUGCAAUAAAAAAGAAGAUAUAGAUAAUAUCGAAAAGAAACUGAGAAAUGCACAAGGAAUGACAGUAGAACAGAUGAAAAACAAGGAUCCACUUGUGGUGCUAAAGAACACCAUAUACAAGAUGACCGACGAAGAAGCACUGGAAAUGAUAAUUAAGCAAAAUGAUGUUAUAUUUGGUAAAGAAGAAGAAAAGGAGAUCAAAAUUAAAUUUAUGAAAAAAGCAAGAGAUACCGAGCGUUGCCAUAUAGUACUUCAGGUCAAACCCACAAUAUGGAACAAAAUGACCAAACGGGGACACCUCUACAUUGGAAUGGAGAGAGUGAGAGUCGAGAACCAAUCGCCUCUCAUACAAUGUACGAGGUGCCUGCAAUUCGGCCACGGUCGAAAAUUUUGUACGCAGAGUGCUGACAGGUGCAGCCACUGCGGGGGCCUCCAUCUUAGAGCUGACUGCCCGGAUAGAGGGAUAGAGGGGAACCACCGAGGUGCUGCAACUGCACGCACUCAAAACAGGACGAUACAAGCCAUAACGCAUUCAGUAAUGAAUGUCGCACCAGGGAGAAAUGGGAAUAUCUGGCUCUCUCCACUACAGCAUACAUAUGAAGGAACACAGAACACAGAAUACACACAAACAACACAACAUAAAAAAGCAAAAAGAACAACACAUACACACAAACACACAUCAAAAUACACACAAAAGAAAAUACAAAACAGCUACACAAAGAGAAACCACAUAACCAAAAUAAACAUCUUUGAAAUGAUGAAUAAGGACAUGAUGGGAAAUCUACAAACAAAUAAAAACAAACACAAAACAAGUCAUGACGAAAUAUAUCAUGAGAUAAAGGAAGGCAUGACGAAAUACAUUACAAUAAAAUAA